GCCGCGGCGGGCAGGAGCGUGCGGGCUGCGGGCUGGCACCGGGCCCGCCCCGCCCAGCACCGGCACCGGCACCGGCCCGGUUCGGCCCGGCCCGGUCCGGCCCAUGGAGGCUCCGGGAGCGGGCGGCGCCGCAGAGCUGGGCAAGGAGACGCUGGCCCCGGAGCGAACGGCGGGGACCCCUGUCCCCGGGACGGCUGAGGAGGCCCCCGACGUCCCCGUGGAGGAGCAGGGCGGCAUCCCCAUCCCCACCGCCAGCCUGCUGCAGGUCACCGAGCGGAGACAGCCGCUGAGCAGCGUGUCCUCGCUGGAGGUGCACUUCGACCUGCUCGACCUGACGGAGCUGACCGACAUGUCGGACCAGGAGCUGGCCGAGGUCUUCGCCGAUUCCGACGAGGAGAACGCGGCCGGAGAAUCGCCCAGCGGGCUGCACCCACAGGCCAUGCCGCGGGCAGGGUACCUGCGCUCGCCCUCCUGGACCCGCGCGCGGGAGCAGGGCCGGGAGAAGAAGCACCUCAGCGACUCAGAGCUGCAGCCAGGCGCCGUGGACGCCUUCCUGGCGGUGGAGCGGCCGCAGCAGGAGUAGGAGCUGCCCCAGGCGGUGGGGACGGGCCCGGGGACGGGCCCUGCGCCUCAUCCUCAGCGUUUUCCGACUGCGUUCCCCAUGCCCCGCCUGGGAAAAGCCGUGCGGGGCGAAGGACUGGCUGGGGUGCCGGGGGUGGCCCUGGGCGGCGGGGGCAGCCCCAGCCCGCGGGUACCAAGCGAUGCCAAAGCCGGUGGCCUGGUGGGGAGGGGGAACCGGCCCCUCCCGGCCCUGUAGCACAAAGGGGGCCGCGCUGCCCGGCCCCCACCUCCCUUCCGCCGUGGUCCUGGCCCCCGGGAGCCCCGGCUCGGUGGGGCCAGGAGCCGCGCGGUGCCCGCGCCGUACCACCCGCCACCAUGUAGCAGCUGUGUGUACCGGUAAAACCGAGCGACCCACGGC